AUUUCUUGUUGCCUUUUCCAUCAUAUUAGGGAUUGAAACUGCUAAGGGUUUCAGGUGGCUUCUUAGCAAGCUGAGUAUGAGUUGUGGAGCUAGAAGUGAUGGCUCUAAUAUCAGCACCAAAGUAGACAGCAAUAGCCGUCAGCUGACUAUUAUGAUGAUGUUUUUGGUGAUCUUAAUCAUGUUAUGGGGUGUCUGUGGGGUAUUAGUAAAGGCUGAGUUCAGGCAUGGUGGCAAUGCAGCUGAGUUGUGGUUUGCUUGCAUGGUUGGACCAAUAGGUGUGUGGAUUAGAUGGUUCUUAGCAAGGUUAAACGGGCGUGGAUUGGGAAAGGAAGGGUUGUUUAAAUGGAUUCCAUUCGGGACUCUAAUUGCCAAUGUAUCUGCUGCUUUUGUUAUGGCUGCACUUGCUACUGUGAAGAAAGCGGUGCACACCAGGGACUGUGAUACUGUUGUAUCAGGAACUCAAUUUGGUCUGUUGGGGUGUUUGAGUACUGUCUCUACUUUUGCUGCUGAGUUUAAUGCAAUGAGAGAAAGUGACUAUCCUUGGAGAGCUUAUGCAUAUGCCUUAAUUACAAUAUGUAUCUCAUUUGUUAUUGGAAUUUUGGUAUAUUGUAUCCCAGUUUGGACAAAGGGGGUUUGACAUUAAUGCAUAUAGUUUCUGACUUCAUGUAUUCCAAAUCA